AUGGCCAGAAAGAAAUCUGCUGCUAAAAAGGCUAAAGAAGCCGAACUCAAACUCAAAGAACAAGGAAUAGAGGUUGAAGUUAAAGAGGAACCUAAGAAGAAAGAACAAAAAAUACAAGAAAGUGAAAGUGAAAGUGAAAGUGAGGAAAGUGAAGAUGAAGAUGAAUAUGGAGAUUUAGUCACUGAAAACAUUGAUAAAGGUAUUAGUAAAGUAUUAGAAGCUAUUAAGACCGACCCUUCUAAAUUACUUGACAAAGAUACCAAGUUCUAUGAUGAAGAUGAAGAAAUUGUCACUGAUAAAAAGGAAAAACCAAUGUAUUUAAAAGAUUAUCAUAGAAUGAAUUUAUUAUCAGGAGGAUAUAAAGAUGAUGAAUACGAUAAUGAAUAUGGAACUGUUGAUGGAGAAAAACCAUUUGUAGUCACUGAAAGAGAAGAAAGAAACCAACUUUUAUCCGAUAUUAAAAGUGCUUUCAAUGAUGAUGAUAGUGAAGAAGAUGAUGAUUUCUUGAAAAAGAAAGAAACUGAUGACAUGCCUGUUGAUGAACCAACCACUUUACCUGAUCCAGCUAAUGAAGGUGAUUUCUUACAAAGUUUCCUCGAUAAAAAAGCUUGGAUUCCAACCAAAAAUGAUAAAGUUAUAAAUCUUGAUAGAAAAGGUGAAGAUGAUGAUGAAUUUGAUGAAGCAGCUGAAAAAUUUGAAAAUGCUUAUAAUUUCCGUUAUGAAGAAGAUAAUGCUGCUGAAAUUAUUUCUUAUGCACGUAAUCAAGCCACCUUGAGAAGAGAUAAAACCAAUUCAAGGAAAAGACAAAGAGAAAGACAACACGAAGAAAAAUUGAACGAAAUGAAAGUCAAAGAAGAGAAAGUAAGAAAGAUCGAAACCGCCAAAGUCAAUAAAGUUACUGACAGAUUACACAAAAUCAAAAGUGAAAUCGGUGGUGAUAUUAAAGAAGAAGUCAUUGAAAAAGUUUUUGGAGAUUCUUUAUUAAAUGAUGAUUUUGAUGAUGCUGAUUGGGAUAAUAAAAUGGCAGAAAUUUUCAAUGAACAAUACUAUGGAGAAGAAAUCUCUAAACCUGAGUUCAGUGAUAUGGAUUUAUCAGACAUUGAAGAUGAAGAAAAACCAAAGAAAUCCAAAAAAGAUAAAUUGAAAGAAAAGAAAGAAUCAAAGAAAUCAAAGAAAUCAGUUAAAGAAAAAGCACAAGCUAUCGUUGAAGCUAACAAAACCAAGAUUCUUGAAGAAAUAGAGGAAGAAGAAGAAAGAGGAAGAAGUAAAGAUGAUGAUAUCAAAUUCAAAUACCGUGAAGUGUCACCUGAAAGUUAUGGAUUAACUACCAGAGAUAUCUUCAUGGCUGAUGAUAAACAAUUAAAUAGUUAUAUUGGUAUCAAGAAGUUUGCUCCUUAUAGACCACAAGAAAUGAGAGUUAAAGAUAGAAGAAAGUAUAAGAAGAAGAGAUUAGUCACUGAAUGGAGAAAAGAAGUAUUUAAAGAUCAAAAGAUCAAAGAUGAUGAUGGAGAAUCAAUUUGGGUUCCGGUUGAAGAGAAAAAAGACAAGAAAGUUAAGCAUAAGAAGGAUAAGAAGGAUAAAAAAGACAAGAAAGACAAGAAAGAGAAACAUUAA